AUGUUGUGCCAGAUGCAUGCAAGUAUCAUGCGAAAUAACAUGGUGCGAAGUGUACCAUCGGGGUGCUUAGUACCAUUAUUUUGCAAAGCAAGUAUAGUUUUGCCCAAAGCGCGGCUCGCAUACCCACAUGCUGUGUCCUGUCCAUACAUGCCGACUCGGACGAUCCAUGCGAGUAUGCCGCGAUUUUCCGGGCCCAAAAAGGACGACAACCUACCUCAGACAUUGAUGGAUCGUGCCCAGAACAUGUGGUCCAACAUAAAAUAUCUAUUUCGUUUUUAUCUGAAUGGCGUCAAGCAAAUUUGGAGAAACCGAACCACCGUGCGUGAAAUCCACGCAGACGUGAGGCGUACCAAGCGCGACUAUACGUGGGAGGAGAUGCAAAUGAUUCGCACACAUUCCAAAGAUAUGGUCAAGCUGCCUUUUUUUGUUCUGAUUCUCGCCACAGUGGAAGAGCUCUUGCCGUUGAUGGUCAUUUAUACCCCAUUUAUGCUUCCGUCAACCUGCAUACUCCCAAGUCAGCUCACCAAGAUCCGGCAACGCUUCGAGCUGAAGCGCAGUACGGCAAUCAAGUCACUUCGUGCCGCACUUCCUACUCUAGACGUGUCAAACGUGUCUGACAAGUCGGCUCAGGCUGCCGUGGCCGCUUUGCCUUCACAAGCGCUCCAUGAACUCGCCACGGUCUACAAUCUUUCCAAAUGGGGCGGCUCUAUUAUGCAACGAGGUCGCAUUGUAUCUCAUAUGCGCAUAUUACAAGAGGACGACGAGCGUCUUAUCAAGUCCAAGACCUUUACGUCGACAGAGGAUGCUGAUUAUAAGCUGUCGAAUGCGUGUAUUCAACGUGGGAUCUGUGCUGUGAAUGUAUCUUCGAAAGAUAUGCGUUUGUCUCUCCAACGUUGGCUCGAUGUCACGCUGCGACCAAAUCCACCUUCGCCGCUCGAGCGUAUCCUUCUCCCCAUGCGCAUACCCCAAUUUGGUGCGCCUGAGACGGAACUCCGUCCCGAGCUGGACGAACAAGACAGUCUUAGCGUCAAGGAAAAGACAUCAACCGUGGUCGAGGAAGUUGUCGAGCAGGAAAAGCGUCGAGAAACGAAGAAAUCGUCAUAG